AUGAAUCAUGUCUCCAAUCUGAGCCGCAAUAAUACAAGAAGGCGAAAUAAGGAUAGACAAGUCGAAGAUGAAAAUGAACCUUUAAUUCCGUCAGCUUUGAUGGAUCAAGCUACACAGCGAAUCUUAUUAGUUACACUCUUUAUAUUGCUUCAAAGCUUUAAGAUUAGAGACAGUCUAUUCUUGAAGCUAUAUUAUUCUGAGAAUGGUGCAUUAGGAACUUCUACAGGUAAUUUCAUGUUUGUUUUAAAAUAUGCUGUACUAGAUGGAUUGUUUUUAUGGUUGUUACCAAUUUUAAAUAUCGAGUAUAUUACAUUCUCACCAUUCAAGACUCUUAUUUUGACCCUAUUUUUGAAUGCAACGACGAUAUUACUAGUCAGUGAUAUAUCAAACACCAUUAUAUCCGCUUCAUCGAGUCUGAUUUUGCCGCUUUUAAAAUUUUUUGUUAACAGGAAAGAACUUACAAUUGGUGGAGAUUCAGUUAGUCCUAGUAAUUUUGUUGAUAUGAACUCACAUUUCAAGGGUAGGUAUACAAUUCAUUAUUUGCCUGACUCUUCUGUUAAAUUCAACCCAUUUCAUUUUGAUAAACUUUGCAUAGAUACUCAUGACGGUAACUUCUUGAAGAUGCCAAUUCAGUUUAAUACUACUACUGAGCUUGGUUCCUUAAAAAUUGAACAUAUUAAGCCUAAUAAUGAGAGCUCAUAUAUAUCUUAUUCACACAGGGGACUAAGUAAACUACUAAAAGAGGACCAUUCUCAUUUGAAGAAGUAUCCUGAUUUUGUAUCUGAAGACCGUAUAUUUUACAUCGAAGUUCCAAUCAGUGAACCUGGAAGUUAUAGAAUAGCAAAUGUUAAGGACACAAAUGGAGCCAAUAUCAGAUCAUACAAAUCAGAAUUUACAUGGACUUAUUGUCCUUCUGCCAAUUUUGAAUAUGCAGCCAACUUUAAUCCAAGCGCUAAUUAUAAGUGUUUAAAUGAUCAAGAUAAAAACUUUAAUGCCCCUCAAGUUAUAAUUCGAGGAGUUCAACCGAUUUCUGUAAAAUUGGACAUGGUGCUUAAUGGAGAAAGAAUAAAUACACUCAAUUAUACAAUUGACGAGACAAACAUUGCUUUCAAGGAUUUGAAUCGGCUCAACUACUCAACAUCUAUUCGUGAUAUAAUAACAGAAGCCUCAUCUAAAUUCUUGGAGACGUUUUCGAAAACGAGAGCGACAAAAUUGGAAUUUCAAUUGAAUGAAGUAACUGAUUAUUUUGGCAAUUCAAAAAGGUAUAAUCCUUCAUCGCGGGAUAAGGAUGUCUGGUAUUGGGUUGACCUCAAGCCGUCGCCAAAGAUUCUGUUAGAAGACCCCAAGCCUGAUAAUCUUUUGCUCAUUAAUGGAUCCAAGUUACUUUCGGUUAGUAUUGAUGAAUCAAUUUCACAGGAUGACUUCCCUUUGAUAGUUGAUUUUUCUUAUAUAAAUUCAAAGAGUGAUCUCUUAUCGUUUAACUUUACAAAAACUUUUAAGGAUAUAAAUGAGUUAAGAAGUGGUCUUGAAGUUGAAAAACCGGGUGAAUACUAUAUCUUAGCAUCACAAAACAAGUUCUGUGCAUGUAAAACUCUGUCAGAGAGGGUUCUGAUCAGAAAUGCAUUGCUACCUGAUCUUAAUAUCCAUGCGAAGCCGCUGAUUGACAAAUGUCUUGGUAUGACUGGGUAUGAUUUCCAAUUUACCGUUCAAGGAAAGGCGCCUUUCGAAAUACAAUACCACGUAUAUCAAAAUCAAUCAAAUGGCAUACUAAAGCCUGUGCAUAAUGAAAAAGGACUCACCAACAGAGUGCUUAAGUCUUUCAGCAAAGAUUUCGAAUUCAAAUAUUCCCCACCAGGAGAAGGAAAUUAUAUCGUUGUAUUUGACGGAAUAAAGGAUUCCAACUACAAAAAGAAGAUGAUCCCAUUGAAUAAGACAUUGUACACAUAUCUGACCCAUUUCAAUCAAAGAUCUUCGGCAUCUUUCCGCGAUCACUCUCGAUCGCGCAGAAUCGAAAAAGCUUGUUUAGGUGAUUCUGUUGAAAUACCGUUGUCUCUUUCUGGAAAUUUUCCAUUCCAUUUCGAGAUCAUUAUUCAGAAUCUUAAAACUGGACAAAAUAUUAUGAAGAAACGACAAGUUUCCACCAACUCGUCUACCUACAUGAUUUCUACGCCUGCGCUAGUUAAAGGCGGUGACUAUGAAAUAAAGUUGUUAAACCUCAAGGAUGGCUUGUCGUGUAAUGUAGCUUAUGACAGCGACGAGUCAGUCAUUGUGAAAGUUAGAAACGAUGUUCCUCAGUUAAAUUUUGCAUCAUCCUCCAAAGAGCUUAAAUUGAUACGCGGAGAGUCUUUGACUAUACCUUUACAAUUAGAAUCUUCUUCGAGCAAUAAUGCAAGAAAUCACCUUAUUUACAGUUUUGAGGAUUUAAAUUCCAAAGCUAGUGAACGAACGAGUCAAAAUUUAGAAUUCCUUCAAGUUCGGGAAGCAGGCGUUUACAAAUUACUUUCUUUCACAAAUGAUGGUUGUAAUGGCAGAAUAGGAACUUUAGAUACUGUCGCGAUUUCGUACUACCCAAAGCCAAACAUGACAGUUAUAACGAAAGAUACUUUGAAACAGCACUUUGAGGAAAAGUUUUUACAUCUUGAGCCAAGAUGCCAAAACUGUGUUAAUAAACUCGACCUUCGUCUCACAGGAGUAAAACCAUUUAUAGUUGACUACGAAAUUAGAUUUCCCAACGGUAGAAAAGAAUCUCGCAGUAUGACGUCCCACGACGAAAACAUUUCUAUCAACCUUCAAACCAGCCAGAGUGGUUCGUAUGAGCAUCGUUUUAUGGGGGUUUAUGAUAAGUUAUACACAAAAGAGAAGACGCAAAAUGUUCCGGAUAUAAGUCUACCCACGAUUAGAUAUGAUGUGAAUCCCACCCCAAGCUCUAGCUUUGAUGAUCCCAAACGACUUCAUAUUUGCGAAGCUAAUUUGGAUACUGACAUGAAAAUUCCAGUAAACUUUAAAGGAGAAUACCCCUUCGCUUUAAAUGUUUCUUUAAGUAAUACUAAUGGUGCUUUAAUCAAUCACUUCAAUGUUCAUGAUAUUCAAGAGCCUGCACUCGAGCUUUCCAAUUUCAUAAGAGGUAUGAAACCUGGUGAUUAUAAAUUAACCAUGACCCAAAUUCGUGAUUCUAACGGCUGUCAGAAUAAUGAUAUCGCUCUUAAAAACACUGCAUUGGUGUCAAUUACAAAAGUACCAAAUAUAGUCAAGUCAUACCCAAAAUCUCACUAUUGUGUUGGAGAUCAUAUUUCUUACAAUGUGACAGGGAUAUCCCCCUUCACGAUAUAUUAUGAGUUUGAAGGUAAAGUCCAAAAGGCGCGGCUGGAGCACAGGUUUCAGAGGUUAGCAUCAAAACCAGGAGAACUUUCCAUUGUUGGUGUUCUGGACUCCUCAGAUAGCAAUUGUUUGGUUAAUGUUUCAAGAGCAAGUACCGCAUUCGAAGAUCUCAAAUUACACAUUUACGAUCUUCCUUCAGUCGAAUUAAAUGAAGGGGAUAUAAUUUCUCGCGAUCUUCAUCAAGGCGAUCAAACGGAGAUUCACUUUUCCUUUUCAGGUACGCCACCCUUUAGACUUACUUAUACCAGAACGUCUGAACUGAGAUCCAAACCUAAGAAUAGUAAAAGCGGUAGAAAGGACGAUUAUACAGUCGAGACAAAAACGAUAGAAGGAAUCUGGGAAUAUAAAUAUACUAUAACUGCUAGUUUAGAAGGUACAUACGAGGCAGUCGAAGUUCUGGAUGCUUUCUGUGUUGCAACAAGGUAUAGUCAAGAGCCACAUAGUUGGUCAACGAAGUAA